AUGCAAGCAGGUGUGGAUCUGAUCAAGACGGGAACCAGCGUGCACGGACAACCAAUCGAACUCGUCGAUGAGUUCUGUUACUUGGGCUGUAUGCUGAAGAACAAAGGCAGCCACGAAAAAGAUAUUCAGCAAAGAUGCGCUAAGGCCGUUUCCGCACUCAAACCCUUAACGAAAUACCUGUGGUCCAACUCCAUCACCAACGAAGUCAUGCUGCGAGUCUACCUAUCUGCAAUUCGCUCUAUCAUGAUGUACGGAUCGGAGACUUCGGAAGCACCGUCUACGGUGAUGGAGAGGUUUGAUUGCACGGAACGAAAGACGUUUAAUUGCAAAAUAAUGGAAUUUCAUCAGGGCAAAGAAUACCGAGUACAAGGCUCGCGUGGACGCUUAGACGGUUGCUUUGCUACUUUUGGCCUAGGGCAUGCCACAAUGAAGAGCUUUACGCGGAAGUCGAUGUGGUGUACAGCUGGAUGA